GUGUGAAGAGUCGUGGCGAACGGACGUGCGCUGCGCCCGUGGAACGCAUCGAGCAACUAUUUUAUUUUCCACCUGCUACACAAACACACACAUACAGACUCAUACACUCGCACACAAAUAGACGCACACGUUAAACGUUAGGCAAGCGCGCGCAAAACUGAAAAUAAAUGUAAUCAAAACGAAGUGAAAAACGCGCAACAAAAGUUCCAUGCGAGAUUGUGCAAAGAAAUUGUAACCAACAAAAAUAAAAUAAAAGGAAAUUAAUUUAAGCAAUAACAAAUUAAAGUUAAGUGAAAAAUCAAUGCUCGACCAAAAGUUGAAUAACGAAAACUGACGCACAGAUACACACGAACACAUACAAACAGUAACAGAAACUGGCUGCAGCCACGCACACGUGCGCUUACAAACACCCACACACAAAUACACACAUACACUAACAUCGACACACUACUGCACACAUACACACGCACAGGCAGACGAGGCGAAAGCCUAACAAAGUGAAAGUAACGAAAUUAGCAACACAAUAGAAAAACAAACAGUGAAAACAAGCGCAUAAAAAAUGCACACGAGCGGGCUAAGAAGAACUGUGUUGAAAGCAAACGACGAGCAAGCGUAAGGACGCUCGUAGUAACGGUGAAAGUGUAAUCAAUUUAAUGUCGCAUACUUUUGGGCUCAACCGUACACUAGAAGCCGACAGCUUUAUGGCCAGCCGCUAACAAAGUGCGCCCACUGUAAUUUUUACAGCUACCGAUAGAACAAUAACAACACCAACAACAACAAUUGUAACAUGCACGCAAUAGCAGCAGUUUCCGUUACUGAGCGAAAAAAAUGCUGCCAUUUAAGAGGCAAAGGCAUGCAUAAAGAACAACAACACAUGCAGAAAAACUAGUGCAAUAAUAACGAUCCCGUUACUGAGAGCGUUACUCAUUGCAUGCAGUGAAAAAACAAAAAAUAACAGCAACAGCAACAACAACAGGCGGCAAACAGCAGCCGCAUAGUGUAGAAACGUGUGCAAGAUAAACACGCAAAACAAAGCGAACUGGGUCAGUGUGCGAAAGACGCGCGGGGAUCUAGUGAAUGGCGCAAGAUUAAAUGGCGGCAAAUGCACGUGCAUGCAAAAAUGUGCUGAAUACUUAAUGUGCAAAGACGCAGCAGCACUAGCGGCAGCAGCAGCACUGGACUGAGGGGGGAUUCCCACGGCCCAUGUCCCUACAUUCGAUCGCUGUGACCUAGGGAAUGGUCGGAAAUCGUGACGUGGCUGCAAUGGACGGCAAGAGCAACGGCAGCUGCUGGGCCAACACACGCAAAAAUGUUAAUGCUCAAUCCAUAUUCAAAUGGCUGCCUAUGCAGCGCUCUCAUCAGCGAAUUCAGUAAAAUUUAAGCGAAACGAAGAGAGCUGCCACAGAAAUUGCAACGGCAACUGCAGUGGCUGAGAAUUUAAUUAAGCGCACAAAAGCGAGCUGCACCAAAUAAAAAAGGAGACAGAAUAUAAGUAAGCCCACGUCGACGCCCACGCGGCAGUGGCCAUAAAUCAGCCGCUGCUGGUGCGGUAGGCCAAGUGGUGAGGCUCAGCAACUCUUUGGCAGCCAGGCAACGACCCCAAAAGCAGCGAACAGACGUUUGGGGCGUCUUCCUGCCGCGUACGUGCGGCCAGUAGCUGGCCAAUUAGUCGCCGCCUCCGAACAGCCAGCGGUAAUAAUUUUGGCUCCAUUGAACGUCAGCCUGAUGACUGCCGCGAAGAGACGUGCAGCAACUGGCAGCAGCAGUAGCAGCAGCAGCAGCAGCAGCAGCAACAGCAACAUCAACAUCAACAGCGAGCAGCAACCAUUGCAGCAGCAUCAUCAUCAUCAGCAUCAGCAUCAUUCGGAUGCGGAUCAGCAGGUGCACGAGUACCAGCAGCUGUUGCAGCAUCAACAUCAUGGCCAUAAUCAACACCAGCAGCAGCAGCAGCAGCAACAACACCAGCUGCAGCAACAUCAUCAUGCCCAGCAAUACCACCAGAGACAACAGCAGCAUCAUCAACAUCAACAUCACCAUCAACAGCAUCAGGCAUCCGCAUCCGCAUCAGCAGCGGCGACACUGCGCGAUUGUUCUGUCAAAUUGCCGCUGGACAUCCUCUGGUUGCCCAAGUCGGCGAUGCGACCCGUUGGCGCCGAUGCCUCGCACUCGGACUGCAUUCUGGUCGUUGGCGUCUCCCGUCCAAAGCUGGCCGUUGUCUUUCUAACGGUCAUGCUGAUCUCAUUGUUUCUCACGUUUCACGUGCUGUACGACAGCGCCGUCUACAACAUACAGGCAGCACAGGCGGUGCACGAACGGCACCGUCUCUCACUGGCCGCAUCGGCAUCGGCUGCCGCCUAUACCGCAUCGAAUGCCAAUCAUUUGCCCGUGUUUGUGAAGCCCGUGGCCAGCUCGAAUCAGCUGAGUCAUCCCAUGGUGUUUCCCUCCAGCCGCGUACACUUCCCCAAGACCAGUCGACGUCUGCCCCAGGCCCUGAUAAUUGGCGUACGCAAGUGCGGCACUCGGGCCCUGCUCGAGAUGCUCUAUCUGCAUCCGCGCAUCCAGAAGGCGGGCGGCGAGGUGCACUUCUUCGACCGCGAUGAAAACUAUCUGAGGGGCCUGGAAUGGUAUCGCAAGAAGAUGCCCCAUUCGUUUCGAGGCCAAAUAACCAUCGAGAAGAGUCCCAGCUACUUUGUCUCACCGGAGGUGCCAGAACGUGUGCGUGCCAUGAAUGCUAGCAUCAAAUUGCUCUUGAUUGUGCGUGAGCCGGUGACCCGAGCCAUCUCGGACUACACACAGUUGCGUAGUCAUGCGGCCACAGCGAUAUUGCCGCUGGCCGAGAGCAAUGCACCUGGCUCGGGCUACGGUGCCAAGAUGCCGCCUACGGCAGGAGCCUCGCUCUAUGCCAAGCUGCAGUCGGCCCAUGGCCCCUAUGACAAUGCCCUGGGCAGCGGUGCAGGCGCUAAGGAAACCAAGCUGAGAACAGCAAGCGGAGCUAAAAGACGUGCGGCUCCAGGGGCUGCAACAACAAUGAGCACGCCCACCACCACGCCCAGUGCAGCGCAGUUGGCGGCAAAAUCCUUUGAGGAGCUGGCCAUAUUCCCGAAUGGCACUGUCAACGAGGCCUAUCGCCCCCUGAGCAUCUCCAUGUAUCAUGUGCACUUGCAUCGCUGGCUGGAGGUGUUUCCGCGCGAGCAGCUGCUGGUGGUCAAUGGCGAUCGUUUGAUCGAGGAUCCGCUCUCUCAGCUGAAGCGCAUCGAGGCAUUUCUAGGCAUUGAGCAUCGCGUGCGCAGCGAACACUUCUAUUUCAAUGAGACAAAGGGUUUCUACUGCCUGCGCUACGAUAAUGGCGAUCGUUGCCUGCGCGAGACCAAGGGACGCAAGCAUCCGCAUGUGAAUCCGGUGGUGGUGUCGCGUUUACGCAAAUUCUUUGCCGAAUACAAUCAGCGGUUCUAUGAGCUGGUUGGCGAGGAUCUUGGCUGGCCGGAGGAGUAACUGAAUACGGAGAAACAUGGACUGAAACGAAAUGGAAAUGGAAAUUGAAAUGGGAAACACCAAACAACAUUUUCCGGACUGCACUUUAAUUAUAAACCAAAAAAGAAAUACAGCAAAAAAGAAAAUAUAUAUAUAUAUGCUGUGCGUGCAGUAGCUGGGACACGCAGCAGGGCAGCAUCCUUCCCUCUCGCUCGCCUCCUCCUCUCUGUCUCUCUGCGUCUCUGUCUGGCUGCAUGCCAACCAGGCUGACAGUUCAAUUAUGCGAACUUCGGCGCCCACGAAAAUGCUUUAUGCGAAAAAAAGAAGCACCAAACGCAGAUUUUCAGCAGCGCAAACAGAGAGAGAGAGAGAGAGAGAGAGGGAGAGAGACAGGCAGUGAGUGUGAGGGAAUGAGACGCAGCAAAGCAUGAAAAUGCAUUGGAAAUGGAAAAAAUAAUAUAUUAAAGCAAUAUCUACAUGAUGUAUGGGAGCUGUCCAAGGGCGAGACAAAAACGGAAAGAGAAAGAGAGAGAGAGAGAGAGAAAGCUGUAGAGAGCUGAAGCGUAUGCAUGUGUGUGUGUGAGAGAGAUAGAGUGUGUAUGGAUUAAUUUAUUUAAGCAACUAAAUGUGAUUUUAUAGAAACUAAGCGUUAAACAAAAUGCAAAUUAAUUUGAAAUUUAUUUCAAAAAACUAAAAAAUUUAUUUAGAAAAGAAAAAAAAAAAACUGUCGGCUGAUUUAAAAGUGUGCAGAAAAGAAAAAAAAAAUAAGCUAAUUUAAUAUAUCAAUUAUACAUAGCUAAAUCGCAAACAUAUCGGAGCUACUCAACCUUAAGUAUAUCCAUAUAUAUAUGUAUAUCGUAUAUAUAUAUAUAAUUAGUCAAACGUAACAUAUCAAAAGAAGAUGAAAAAUCAACCAUGAACUCAAAACAUAUCAGCGAAAUGCUAAAGAUUCUACAAAAUAAGACAUUAUUUAUAUAUACAAAAUAUUUAUAAAUAUAAUAUAAUUAUAUAGUAUAUUAAUGAAUAUUAUAUGAACUAGUUGCUUAAGUUUGUAUUCGAUUUGUUAAUUGUUAUGCAUAUUAUUUAGCAGCAAAAUCCAUUGAGUCAAAUUUGUCAACUAGUUUUUUAGCUUUAAACAAACAUACCUAAACAAAAUAAAAAUUAAAAAAAAAAAAAAAAAAA